GCUGUGCCGCGCAGGCGCGCUGCCCGCGCAGUUGCAGCUAUGGCGACCUUCUUCGGGGAGGUGGUCGUGGCGCCGUCCCGCGCCGGCGUGGACGAUGAGGAGUCGGCGGAGGAGGGGUGUGAGGAGACGCCCGAGGACCGGGAGAUCCGCAGGGAGCUGGAGAAGAAAAGGGAGAUCGACGUCCGCUGGACCUUGAAGUCGGACGUGCUUCCGGAGAGCUCUGCCGACGAGCUGUUUGUCUGCUCUAAACUUAUACUUGCAAUAGGACAUAAUGCUGCAGCUUUCUUGUCUUCUUUUAUUCUGGAUUCUGUAUGUUGGGAAGUAGUUGGAGCUGUGAAGCUGUGGAAUGAGUGGUGUCGAACAUCUAGCACAACAAAUGUCCUCCCAACAGAUUCUUUUUGCUUGUUUUACCGAUUAAUAUCAGAUCCAACAGUUUGGUUGUGCCAGUGCAGUUGUUACGUGGCUGAGGAUCAGCAGUUCCAGUGGCUUGAAAAGGUUUUUGGCCGUAUGCGAAAGGAGGGCUUGCAAGUAACCAUUCUUUCAACGUGUCCUGUAGCUGAUUACAAAACUCAGGAAUCCACUUUAACACUUCCAUCUCCCUUUCUGAAAGCCUUGAAGACAAAAGAAUUCAAAGAGCAGGUCUGCUGCCCACUGCUGGAACAGCCCAACAUUGUGCGAGAUCUUCCUGCUGCUGUUUUGAGUUAUUGUCAAGUGUGGCAGAUUCCUGCAGUGUUGUAUCAGUGUUACACUGAUAUCAUCAAACUGGACACUGUGACAAUUGAAGCGUUCAGGCCUCUGCUUUCUUCUAAAGUCCUGAAGAGUUUAGUCAAGGAUGUAUCUGAAAGCACGAAGAUCUUGAAGAAGUUACUGAUAACCAAUGAAAGUCACAAUAAUAUCUAUAUCUAAAGAGGAUAUUUAUGAUGCAGACUGCACUUUCAUAAACUCCAGUUUCUUCUGUCUACAGAAGAACAUUUUGGAAUUGUAGUUGUUUCCUUAAAAAUGGAAUAAAUUCCAGUAGACUUUUUUACUUCUGCACUCAUUUUUAUUACUUUCAAAUUCAUCACUACAAACACAUAUAUUUCUUUUGCAUGCUUGGGAGAUUUUCUGCUGGAGCAAUUUUAGGAAAGAUACCUUGAAUGUAAAAAAACCUUCUUUUUCUCCUCCUAAAGGGAUUGUCUUGUCUAAAUGUAUACCUUUUAAAUAUAAAAGAGGAAAUCCAGUUAAGGAAUUCUGUCCAAUUCUAAUGAGAACACGUAUUUUUUACUUCAAUUUGAGACACAAAAAUUUUACUAAUACUCAGUCCUCUUUAGAGAUUUUUCUGUGAUGAAGAAAACAUACUCCGCAUCUUUUUACAUACAUCUGUAUAUGUAAUUUUGCUUGUAUGUAUGAAUGAUACAUAUGUGUGUGGACAUUUUUUUAAUACAUGUGCUGAUAUAAAAUUAAAAAUGGUAAAUGCCUUUAAAAAACUUACUAGUGGAAAGUAAGCUUGCUUGACAAGUUAGUAGGAGGCAGGAAUGUGGAGCUGUUUUGAACUUCAUGGGACUUGGAUUCACUGAGUAGAUCAUCACUGGUGUUCAGGAUGCUUCUGCUUCCUGCAGCUCUGGCAGACAGAGGGAUGUGCCCACAUUCAGAUGCUGUAGCUCCCAUCUGCAGAGCCUUGCUGAGGGCCUUGUUGGCAGCUUCAGCCUCAGACCUUGAACAGGAGCUGUAAAGGCACAGGAGCAUUCCCUGCUGUUGGAUCUCUCUCAGUGGUGGGAACCUCUCCUGGUGAAAUGGGGUGGUAGGCUUGCAAGCUGCUUCAGCUGGACUUGCCAGGGCAAACUGAUUUAAUCUAUCGCUUUAAAAGUCCUUGUUUCUGGCAACAGUAGGAAUAGGAUCUCUUAUGCAGAGUAUGUAGUAGGAAAGCAAAAGCUCAAGUUUUACAGUUUCUCAAAAAAGUCUCUGAAUGUUGGUAGCCAUUUCAGCAGCGUAUUUAAAAUAUUAGGAUUGGCAUGCAGUUCUGACUUGUAUGUAUCCUCUGUUUAACAUUUUUCUUAAGAAAAUGGUGUUAAAGAGAGUAUUUCUGUUGCUACCAGGUAAUUUCCUGGUGGUGUCACUGCAGAGAGAUCUUUAAACUGCAUGUCACUUAUCCUUUCGGAGCAGAAGGGUAACAAAGUUCUCUACUAAGUUUAACUUUGACUUACAUUAGAUGUCCAGUGGACAUUUUUGAACAGUGUAUUCCUGCAACAGAAAUGUCAUCCCUUUAAGUUUGAAAGUGGUCAGCUUAGUCAACAUCCACUGAAGCAGGUAACCCCAGGCUCCAGUAGGCCCACUGUACACUAUCACAGUUUCAGUGGGAGUAGAAUGUUCUUGAUGUGGAGAUCAAGUUGCAUAUCAGUUAAGACAUUGCUUUAAAAUUCUGUUAGUAUAAUUACAGAUAAGCAGCUGUUGCUUUAAGUGGUACUGUAUUUUGGAAGAAAAUGAAGUGUGACAUGCAGGACAUGGUUCCUGCAGUUUGGUUAUUUUGGGUUUUUUCCCAUUUCUGUGCAGCAUUUGAAUUAAAAUCUGUUUGUAUGCGUGAUAUGAGCUGAGAAUUCUGUUGCUUUGAAAGAGUUGUAUGUUUCCUGCACCGUUUUCUUACUUGCAAACUGAACAUGUUUGAUUCAUAAUAAAUAAAGUACAUAAUAAGAAA